GAAGAUACAAUACAACACCAGGAGAAAAAAAAGAGUUUGGAGAUUUCAAGUAGGUUUCUUUGACACUCGUAUAGAAAUUAGCUUCUUGUGCUCAAAGAAACCUUUACCUUUUAGAAGUUGGAGAUCAGAAUCAAUGGAGAUCAAAGCUGAAACGAUGAUGCAAAAGUCAAAGUUCAGAAGAAUCUGCGUCUUCUGUGGAAGCAGCCAGGGCAAGAAGAGUAGUUACCAAGAUGCUGCUGUUGAUCUCGGCAACGAACUGGUUUCAAGGAAUAUUGAUCUAGUCUAUGGAGGUGGGAGCAUAGGACUGAUGGGUUUGGUUUCACAAGCUGUUCAUGAUGGUGGUCGUCAUGUUAUUGGAAUUAUUCCCAAGACCCUCAUGCCUAGAGAGUUGACUGGUGAAACAGUAGGAGAAGUAAGAGCAGUUGCAGAUAUGCACCAAAGGAAAGCUGAGAUGGCUAAGCACUCUGAUGCUUUUAUUGCCUUACCAGGUGGUUAUGGAACACUUGAAGAAUUGCUUGAGGUCAUAACUUGGGCUCAGCUUGGAAUACAUGAGAAGCCGGUGGGUCUGCUCAAUGUUGAUGGAUACUACAACUCUCUGCUCUCAUUCAUCGACAAAGCCGUUGAAGAAGGAUUCAUCAGUACGACUGCUCGUAAGAUCAUCGUUUCUGCUCCUACUGCGAAAGAGCUCGUGAAGAAGCUAGAGGAAUAUGCACCUUGCCAUGAAAGUGUUAAGCUUUGUUGGGAGAUGGAACGGAUUGGAGAAUGAUCAAGAUCAAGAUCUAAUAUAUCUAUAUAACUAUAUUUUAUAUUUAGAUAUGGAAAUGUCGGAUAUUUUCACGAUUUAUCUUACUAAGAAAAAGGAAGGAAUUAGAUUUGAUUAGUUGGGUAAAGUAAAAAUUUCCACUGCGGAGGAAAUUAUUUUGUGUAAAUUAUUAGUACUGU